AUGGUGACCGCAAAGGCCAACAGGUCGCUGGAGUCCAUGAACUCUACACUCCAGCUUGUGACGAAGAGGGGAGAACACGUGCUGGGACGCGAGCUGUCUCUGAAGGCGAUCAGACAAGGCAAAGCGAAACUGGUCAUCCAAGCCAACAACUGCCCAGCUCUGCGGAAAUCUGAAAUAGGGCAUUACACUACGUUGGCCAAAACUGGUGUCCAUCAUGACAGUGGCAGUAAUAUUGAACUGGCUACAACGUGUGGAAAAUACUGCAGAGUAUGUACUCUUUCUAUCACUGAUCCAGGUGAUUCUGGUAUUAUCAGAAGCAUGCCAGGGCAGGUGAAAACCAAAUCAUCGCACUCUCCCAUGGUACAGCUAAGUCCCCUCCAUGACAAAGAUACCACCGUGACGAACACAUGUACACUGAGCUCCAAGCUGAGAUACCAUGACAACCUUCUCAGACAUCACCAGCACUGA